AAGGACCGAGCUGCGUCAAGACAGGAAAGCUAGAUAUAAUGUGGCCGGAAAAGAGAGGAAUUAGCCUUCAAUACUAAAGCACAAUAUUGAUUUUUGGUAUAACAUUUGAAAACGGCCCUCCCCUUAAUAGCAUUGACACACAUAGAUGUGGAUGAUAUAAAUAAACACGAUCUAUUCUUAUAGUUUCUUUGUAUAUGUAUUUAUUUUUAUUUUAAGUAUCCACAGUUACAAUCAUACCACAGGCCUAUGUUGUUUUAUUUUGAAAGCCGUAACCGGAAACACAUGUAUGUACUUUGUUGUUAACGUUCCUUGAGGAGUUGCCCGUUCUUCCAAAGUUUUAUAAAUGUUUUUCGAAGUUGUGCAGCAAAAGCUAUUAUGGACCUUGUGUUCGUUUAUAACUAUUUGAAACGGCGUCGAGAUUUUCUCCUGAAGUAUUAGCACACAAGUGAGAUGUUCCUGUUCGUCAGAGACGCUGCUACAAUUGACGUUUCUCAAGAAUAAGCGGUGGAAAUGUUUUCAUCGCGGAUUUUAACAGUGACAACAUCCAGAAAUGCAGCUAGCUAGCUAGCGGCUCUCCUCGGGAGAGUGGCACACCAACUUACGAAUGCUUCAAGUACACUUUACAGCGAAGAGGAUCACGACAUGGGCAUUUAUCUUGAACAUCCAAGUGUUGUGUGUGUGUCCGCCUCCUUCGUCCCGUUGGUGUCGCGAUGUAACCCGGCGUGCUGGUGUUUUGGAGAGUGGUACUGGACAUUAUAACGGCAGCGUUACAUCUCAGGAUGCAUCAUGGCACACAUCACUACUACCUCCUCCUUUCUCGGACAAAGAGGAGAGCCUCUGCUGUAUCCAUGUGAUGCAACAUGACCCCGGUGGGAAAUCAGCAGAGCAGACAUUGCUUAGGAUGGAUGGUACAAUGGAAAUCAAUGGGCGCAUGGUGUUGUCUGCAGAGGCCCCACUGUCUUCCUCAGCUCCGGCUGGUCCGUGGGGACACUCUCUUUACACGCCACUUACCUACAUGUCAAACAUCUUGCACCUCCGGAACCGCAGGAGCACACUCACCAGAUACAACCCGAGCCUCACUCUGCCUCAGAUUCAGAGUGUGGCACCUCCGUCCGCAUAUGGGGUCAAAUUUCACAAGUGUGCACAGGUGAAGCUGGACUCAGACCCUCCUCAGCUGACUUUCUUCCUGCUGAUUCACAACAUGGGCCCAGUGGGUGGCACCAACCUGUCUCAGGUGGCGAUCCGGGACUCCAUUUCAGGAAUAGUACCCUUAAAAUCUGAAGGCAGGGUGGUGGAAAGAGGCUACCAGACGUUUGCCAUUGAUUCACUGUCCGCUGGAUCCCAAGUGGUUGUCAACUACACCGCUCGCAUAAGGAGUCAUAAGAGUGAAGUCCUGGACCUUCCAGCUUUUCUCACCUUCUCUAACGCCUCACAGAAUGAUGUCAGUAUGUUUGGGCCAUUAACAGCUAAUCUAACCCUGAGGGUGAAUUCCACCGACAGGAUUUAUCCUAACCAUGCGGUCCAUUCAGCUGGAUUUGUUGCUGGGUUCUUUGUCACACUGGUGCUGCUGUCUCUGGGGUUCCUGGCCAUGAACCUGAUCGGCCUCAGAACCAGACUGAACCUUCUUCAGCAAAGGAGAAACAGACGUGAUUCAGACCCAGAGUAUGCAGCCUGCAACAUGAGUGAGACCGUAAAAGAUGAGGCCGCAUUUGAAGACAAGAUGGUGGACACCAUGGUGCUGGAGGAUCCCCAGAACAUGUACCAGGCUUUGGAGAACCUUGAAAUGUCCACGCUGCUGCAUGCCACCAAUAACCUGGAGGCCACCAGGAUUCAGAUCUACAAGGAUGUGAUGUCGUCCCUGCUGGGUGACCUGCGUUCCCGGGGCCAGGCCAGCGCCCAGGCCCAGCAGAGGCUCCUCAGUGUGCUCCACGGACAGAUGCUGGGCAUGGAGGGUCGGCUGAAGGAGGAGCGAGGGGCCCGCAUGGCUGCUCUGGCUGGCCGGUGUAACCUGGAGACUCGGGAAGAAAUGGAAGCAGAGCACCGCAGAGAGGCUGCUGAGAAGGCCCAGGCUGAGCUGCUGUGUCAACAUGCAGACCAACGGGAGCUCCUCCACUGCAGUGUCCUCCUGGAGAAACUGCACAAGCUGAGCCAGAGUCAGCUCCAGCGCAUCCUGUUGGUCCGACAUGAAGAAGCGUCAGGGAAGGUCCAGAGGCAGAUCAUCGAGUGGCGCCGGGUGGAGCUGCACAAGAUUUUCUCUGAAGAACUGGAGGAGGCCACCAGGAUGGGCGAGCUGGAGAAGAGCACUGCCAAGAGUCUUCAGCACGAUUACUUUGCCUGUCAAGAUCAGCUAGAUGAAGUGCUGGACGUGGUCCUUGCCAACCAGCGAUAUGUCCUCGCUGAACGCCACGCACAGAGGAAGUUCUUGGUGCACAGCCUUCACAGCCUCAACAGCCUGAUUUCUGACAGCUUCUCCAGCACCUCCAGCAAUCUGGACAGCUGGCUCACUCACAUCAGGAGAGGGAGCUUCGUGUCUGCAGAGCAGAUGGACCAGCUACAGGAGAAGGCCCAGACAGAGCUGGUGAUGGUGAGGCAGAGACUGGAUGAGGCACUGAGCCAGGAGAGGAGAGCCAUGCGCUGUGGACUGAUUAAGAAGAGGCGGGAGCUCAUCUCUGACAUGCUGCGGGUCCACAAACAGAGACAGAAGGAUCUGUCGGGUCUGUCCAAAGGUCUUGAGGGCAGGAUAGAUGUAGCUCAGCACCUGCACUGUUGGCGGAACUUACUGACAGCUCACAGUCUGGAGCUAGCAGAGCUCAUCAACAACCUGGAUGAGGAGGCUGCUGCUGAUAUCCGCAAGGUGACCAUGCGUGUGAUCCAGGGUGCCGUAACAGAAGUUAAAGCCAUCCAGCCUUCUGCAACCCAGGCCUUGCUCACACUCUUGCCUCCAGGGGCGCAGCGCUCCCUGCUGCAGGUGGAACUAGAGGCAGUACCAGGACAAGCACAGGGCCAAGGAGCGAGCGCUCUUCUGCAGGGCCAGGAGAGGUUGCACCAGGAAGGCAAGGCAGCCUUACGCACCCUCAGCUGCACCAGGGAGGCUCUGCGGAAUGCCAUGGAGAGAGAGCUGCAGGAGCAGAGGGAGCUAAGGGCGCACUGCAGAGCUUUCUUCAGUUGUUUGUGUUCGUCCCAGCUGACUCUGUCUGAAGAUGACCGGCUCCGGAUGAAACUAGAGUUUCAGAAGUGUCUGUCCGUGAUGGACCGCUGCCUGGUGCUGCCCCACGCCGUCUCCAGAACCAAACUGCACACCGCUCUGGCAGCUUGGAGAAAGGAGAGCGAGCAACAGAUUACGAAUAUGCAAUCCAAGGGGAAAACCAGCGAGGGCAGACAGAACACAGACACAUCUGACCUGCUGCUCUUCCAGAAAAGGCUUGAGGAUGGGAUCCAACUGUUUGAGAAGGAGAAGGAGACGGAGAGCGGCGUCAUGAACAAGGUGAUGGAGGAGAUGCGUAGGGAGAGAGAGGAUGAUCUGCGCUCUCAGGGCGACAGCCUGGCGAUGCAGAUGGCCACCAUCCACUACCAGAAGGCUGAGAGGAGGACCAAAGUCUUGGAAACCUCCAGAGCAAUGCUCACUCUGCACAGCCUGCUCAUUCAGCAGCUCAGAGAGAGAAAGAGCCUGGAGAGACAAGACAUGGCCCAGAGUAUACAGAACCACUGCUUGGGCCUAGAGGAAGCGGAACAACAGCUUCAGAACGAGAGGACAGAGCUGCAGAUAUCUCGGGCCAGAGUCGAGUCAAAUCCGACUCAGAGAGAGGACUCUGACGAGGGAGAGGGAGAGAGUGAGGAGGAGAGACUGUUUCAGCUGCAGCGGGAUUGCAGGAUGACGUUCAUCCUCCAGGGGGCGCUCUACAAGAGCGAUCAGGUCAUCACACAUCUGGCUGAGAGAUUGCAGGAAAUGACUGGCAACAACCAAAGCAUGGAAGAUUUAAAAGAGCAAAUGGAGCUCAGGAGACUUUAUGCAAACUGUGACCAGGAUCUGGAGUUUGCAUCUCGGCUGGUGAAGCAGAGUCACGUGUCUGCUGAGGUUCUCCUGGAGGCCCUGCGUCUCCUCCUCCCCACCUUGCCUGAAAGCGAACUCGUCUCCAUCACUGACGCCCUCUGCCCCAAACAGCACCCUGGUUCCCCAUCUGCCGAGCAGGAACACUCAGGGUGUGCCGGGGGGGUGAACAGACUUCUUCCUGUCAAACUGAGAGAAGACGAAGUGCAUAAAAAUAUGCCAAAUAUGCCGAGCUGCACUGUGCAAAGAGAGAGACUCCAGGAAAAGAGGCAGAGUUUGAUGGAAAAACUGCUCCCCAGGUCCCGACUCCUGGUGCCAAGAGAUGUUGCACCACUGCUGGUUGAAGAGAAAGGAAAGGAGGACAGUAUUACUGAAGCACAGCGGCCUAUUUACAAAUCAACCGUGACUGAAAACACGGUUACACAGCCGCUAAAUAACACUGCGAAAGAAAGGCUUGUGGACACAGUGAACGAAACGGUACGCAGCACAGCGGAGGAACACAUGAUGCCAGCCUCUGCCGGCACCGCACUGGGCGUCCCGGCUCCCGGGGAGAGGUUGUUUGUGUUCCGGGUUCCACCUGAAUCAUGUGGCAGCGUGGGUGCUCCUAAAAGUAAAAGGAAAAAGAACUUUCUCAAUCUGAAAAAAGGCUCAGUCGCUCCAACAAACCUACCUUGAGACUGCCGAACAGUGUCCAUCACAUGUUCUUUUUCUUUAUGAAGAUGUUACUUUAUUAUAAUACAUAAUACUAAAAUCCAAAAUAAACCAAUAGUUUUGCUGUGAAGCUAAACAUUUGCUUUCAAGGAGGUUUUGUUCUCAGUUCGGUUUGUCUGUCUGUCAGCAGUAUUACGGAAAGAUUACUCCCGAUACCCGGUGGAAGUGUGUAGCAGGGGCCAAGGAAGAACCCAUUACAUACGGGAGCAGAUCGGCCUUGGUGGAGAUCUGCGCUCUCCCGAGUGCCUUCCUCGUUCUCAAUGGUCUCUUGAAUGGACAUCUUUUGAAUGGUGGGACAAGUCCACUGAAGUACAGAUCCAGAUGUACUGAACAUGUUACACUUACACAAAUGUGUGUUUAGGGAACAGAUCAAACCUCGCAGUAGUAUUGGUGUGUGAAGUAUUAUUAUUCGUGAACAUUGUGUAGGUACAUGUAUCCGAAUUCAAAGUUAUUUCAUGUACAACUGUUUUAAAUGCAUUUUGUAAAAUAAACAUUUUUAUGAACCUUA